AUGGAGCAAGACGAUGAGGAAGACUUCGCCCGUGGUCGCGAAUACUGCGACAAGAAGGCCUUCAAGCUAGCUGUGAUGUCCUAUGUGGUUCUGAUUAAGGGCUGUCCGUUUGCUGUACGCGGGCGUCUGACGGAUGAAGGGUGUGUCCGUGUUACGUCUUCACAUUUAGACCACUCGUGUCAGCCCUUGCAGCACAAGACGCCGCCGGCACUCAUUGCGAAGGCUGUGGCCGCUACGGAGCUGCGGAACAGGAGCUCGGUUAAGGCCGUGAGAGUGCUAGGGUGUGGUUUGGUGCUGAUGUCCCGUACAAGCAAGCGUAUGAUGCCCUGCAGCUGGAGACGCAGUCUGUGGAUAUGCGUGGUGCAAGUUAUCGGCUCCUGA